GCCUGCUCCGGCGCCGCUGCUCCGGGAGGAGAGGUGGGACCCGCCUCCAGCUGUGCACGCGGGAGGGGGGGAACCUCACGGAGGACGGUGAUGGUCACGUGACCGCGGGCGUCCAGGGAUGAGACUUGAACAUGAUUGUGGGCUCAGAAGAAGGAUCCAGUUGAAAAGCCCUAAUAAUGAGAAGCAGGCAAGGGAGAAGAAAGUUGGAAAUGAGAAUUGUUUACCUUAGACCCAAUGUGUGGUGGAAAUUCACCCUCCAAGCGUCUGCUUUUCUCCAGUUUGGAAUGUUUUCCUCCAGAGCAGCCUUGUUUUUGAAAUGAUUUGCGGGCUGCCGGAGGAGGCUGGGAGAGGAAGUCUGACCCGCCAAGCCCAUCUGGAAGUGGUUUCAGGGGCCGCAUCACUCGGCCAGCACAGCGCCUAGAUUGCCAGCUGCCUGGAACAGGGGUGGAAGAAACCCGAGCUGCUCCAGAGUCUGCGCAAGCAGGGGAGGUGCAGUGGGGGAGGAAGACUGUCUUGGAAACGGAAUAUUGGCCUUGAGGCUCUCCAGCCCUUUGAGAUUUCCAAUGGGAUUGUAGGAGCAGCUGAAGCAGUAUGAAGGGCAGCACCCCAGGGCCAGCCACGAUUUGAAUGCUCUGCCCUGCAGCUCUUCUGGACGGAGGAGCCCUGCCCUCACCGCUCACCAGCGUCUGCCAAAGAAUGUUCCAAAGAAGAUAGUCCCGUGGGGAAAAUACGUUCUGUGAGCCAUAUCCCCCUCUCAGCACUCUCAAGGCAUGAUGGCAUUUUAAAGGUCCUGAGAAGUCCUGAAGAGCAGGGGUCUCCAACCCUCGGGGCGCAGACUGGUACCGCUCCGCGGCUGUUAGGAACCGGGCCACACAGCAGGAGGUCACAGUUUUUAUCCACAUGAACACACAUGGCUUUGUUACGAAAAAUUAACCAGGUGUUGCUGUUCCUUCUGAUUGUGACCAUCUGUGGGAUUCUGUAUAAGAAAGUUCACAGGGGGACUGUGCUCAGGAACGAGACAGAUGAUGACUCUGAGACUCCUGAGGAUAUGGAAGAUGAGAUUCCGGUGGUGAUUUGUGCAGCAGCAGGGAGGAUGGGUGCGGCCAUGGCUGCCAUCAACAGCAUCUACAGCAACACUGAUGCCAACAUUUUGUUCUAUGUAGUUGGACUCCGGAACACUCUGUCCAGAAUACGAAAAUGGAUCGAACAUUCUAAACUGAGAGAAAUAAACUUUAAAAUCGUGGAAUUCAACCCUAUGGUCCUCAAAGGAAAGAUCAGACCAGACUCCGCGAGGCCUGAACUGCUCCAGCCUCUGAACUUUGUUCGAUUUUAUCUCCCUCUGCUUAUCCAUCAACAUGAGAAAGUCAUCUAUUUGGAUGAUGACGUAAUCGUACAAGGGGACAUCCAAGAGCUGUACGACACCACCUUGGCCCUGGGCCACGCGGCAGCUUUCUCAGAUGACUGCGAUUUGCCCUCCUCCCAGGACAUACACAGACUUGUGGGGCUGCAGAACACGUACAUGGGCUAUCUGGACUAUCGGAAGAAGACGAUAAAAGACCUUGGCAUCAGCCCCAGCACUUGCUCUUUCAAUCCUGGUGUGAUUGUUGCCAACAUGACGGAAUGGAAGCACCAGCGUAUCACCAAACAGUUGGAGAAAUGGAUGCAAAAAAAUGUGGAGGAAAAUCUCUACAGCAGCUCCCUGGGAGGAGGGGUGGCCACCUCCCCAAUGCUGAUUGUGUUUCAUGGGAAAUACUCCACCAUCAACCCCCUGUGGCACAUAAGGCACCUGGGCUGGAAUCCAGAUACCAGAUAUUCGGAGCAUUUUCUGCAGGAAGCAAAACUACUCCACUGGAAUGGAAGACAUAAACCUUGGGACUUCCCUAGUGUUCACAACGACUUAUGGGAGAGCUGGUUUGUUCCUGACCCUGCAGGGAUAUUUAAACUCCAUCAUCCUAACAGCUGAUAUAACACGACAUUUUAAAUAUUUCCUGUAUAAAUAAUGUGGAAUUGUCCAUUUGUAGCCUACCAUACCACUGUUCUUUAUGAACAGUACCUUUGAUACAAAUGAUCCACAAAAACAAAAAACCCUACUGUGUACAAAUAGUACCUUGAAUCAUAUAGGUAUUGAUUUACUUCCUUAAGUACAAGUGGCAAUUAUAGAAGAUAAUGUGAGUGAAACAUACUAUUGGGAAGAAAUAAACCCAGAUAGAUUUCAGCAAUCAAUUUGCUUAACUCUGAAUGAAAAUUAUAGCCACAAAUUUAAAAAAUUUCUAAAUGUAUUUUUCACAUGUAGAUAUUUUUUAACAGGUUGCCAGUCUUGUCUUGAGUAGAACUAUAUUACAUUUAAAACAUGAAAUGUCUGAAAAAAUAAAAUAUUCAUAGAUUUUUAAUGAUUUUCAUUAUAUAUUAUUCUACAUGUUAAAUAU